AUGGGAACUUCAAACUCAGAAAAAAUCUUAGUUUUAUCUCUCUUUGUCUUGUUUGUUGUACCAACCAUUGUUGAUGGUGAUUCUACUACUUCAAUUUAUCAAGAACAUGUUGCUCUUCUCAAAUGGAAAGCCACCCUUGAAAACUACUCUGCUUCAAUCCAAACUUCAUGGAGUAAUGAUAAUUCUUACUCUUCAAAAAACAGGACAAGUCCAUGCACUUGGUUUGGAGUUUCUUGCAACAAAUUUGGAAGUGUUAUCGAACUUAACCUUACGAAAUCUGGUUUACAAGGUACGCUUCAUGAAUUUCUUUUUUCUUCAUUGCCUAAUCUCAGGUACUUUGACCUCAGCACGAACUCUAUAUCCGGCACAAUCCCAACUCAAAUCUCUCUCCUCUCCAAACUCAUUUAUCUUGAUCUCUCUUUUAACAACUUAAGAGGAUCCAUUCCUUUAGAAAUGGGGAAUCUAUCAAGGUUGGUAGAACUUCACAUGGGUUACAACAAUCUCCGGGGUCAUAUUCCUUCAACAUUUGGAAGCCUUGAAAAGCUAAAAGUGUUAUCCAUCAAUCAAAACCACCUCUCUGGUCCAAUCCCUGAAACCUUGUAUGAUAUAAGAAAUCUUUCCUAUAUUUAUUUAUACCGUAAUAGACUUUCAGGUCCAAUUUCAUAUAAUAUCGGAAGAUUGAAGUCCCUUGUUUGUCUAGAAUUGUGGGAGAAUCAACUCAAUGGAACUCUUCCCACUUCACUUGGUAACUUGACUAAAUUAGAGUCUCUACACAUCCGUGACAACAAUUUCUCUGGCCCCAUUCCUCAAUCCAUACAAAAUCUCACCAAGUUGACUGUUCUAAGACUUGCCAGAAAUCAAUUCACCGGUUACUUGCCCCAAAACAUAUGCCACAACAACCUGCUUCAAAUCUUCACGGCCAAUGGCAAUUAUUUUGAAGGUCCAAUCCCAAAAGUCUUAAGAAAUUGUUCAAGCUUGUAUAGACUCACCCUCCAAGAAAACCAUCUUACUGGAAAUAUUUCUGAAGUUUUUGGUGAUAUCUACCCUUACUUGUAUAUUAUAAACCUAGGUAACAAUAGUUUUCAUGGCCAAAUUUCACCUAAUUGGGGUAGAUCCAAAAAUCUAGAAAGCUUUUACAUUGGUGGGAACUACAUCUCCGGUACCAUACCACCGGAGAUUGGAAACUUAUCUAAACUCUCCGGACUUGACUUUUCUUCAAACCUUUUAGUAGGUGAGAUUCCCAAGUCAUUUGGGAAACUCUCUUCUUUGGUGAAUUUGUUGUUGUACAACAAUCAACUCUCCGGUGGUAUACCUUCUGAACUCAGUUUACUAACUCAACUCGAGUCUCUUGACUUGUCCUCAAACAGUUUGACCAAGUCAAUUCCAAGAAGCCUAGGGCUUAACUUCUUAAAACUCCACUUCAUGAAUUUGAGCCAUAACAGGUUAAGCUACGGAAUCCCAUUUGAGUUGGGGAAGUUGAGUCAGCUCUCGACACUUGAUUUGAGUUACAACUAUCUCAUAGGAAAUAUUCCAAACGAGUUCAGUUUUUUACAAAGCUUGUUGACACUAAAUCUCUCCCAUAAUAACCUCUCUGGUUAUAUUCCAAGCACCUUUGAUCAACUCCCCGGAUUGUUGUACGUUGACAUAUCCUAUAACGAGCUGUGGGGUCCUCUUCCGAACAACAAAGCAUUCCUUAACGCUUCGAUACAAUCAUUAGAAGGAAACAAAGGCUUGUGUGGUAACGUUAUUACAGGGCUACAGCUCUGCAAAUCUCUCCCGGAAUUAAAACGCAGCGACAAUUUUCACUUUUACAUCGUCGUUAUCCCAAUUCUUGUAGUUCUUCUCAUCGUUCUUUGUCUAGUUUUUGUACUUAUACGAAGAACGGGGAAGAAUCGCGAGACAGGAGAUGAUCAAGAGGUGGAAAUGGUCAACCAAAAAUCGUUGUUUUCUGUGACAAACUUCGACGGGAAAAAACUGUAUGAAGAAAUUAUAAGAGCAACCGAGGAUUUUGAUGCUGCUUAUUGCAUAGGGAGUGGAGGAAUCGGAACCAUUUACAGAGCUGAGCUUCCUUCUUCUUACUCAUCAUCUUCGUCUUCGUCAUCAUCAUCACCAUCAACAACCUUAGUAGUAGCCGUAAAGAAACUAGAAUAUGGUAGCCAUGCUACACCGUUGACCUUAUUAUCCCAGAAAGAGUUCUUCAACGAGGUGAUAGCGUUGACCCAUAUACGACAUCGAAACAUCGUGAAGCUCCAUGGGUUCUGCUCCCAUUUGAGACACUCGUUCUUGAUCUACGAGUACCAUGAAAAGGGUAGCUUGAGUUCGAAGCUAAGAAACGACAACGAAGCUAGAGAGUUGGAUUGGAACAAGAGAGUGAAUGUCAUUAGAGGCGUGGCAAAUGGGUUGUCGUACAUGCACUCUGAGACGUUUCCACCGAUUGUUCAUCGAGACAUAUCGACCAAAAACAUUUUGCUAGACUCAAACUAUGAGGCUUGCAUUUCAGAUUUCGGUACUGCUAAGCUUUUAGAGCAGGAUUCAUCUAACUGGACUGUCCUUGCUGGCACCUUCGGCUACGUCGCACCAGAGUUUGCUUACACAAUGAAAGUAACCGAAAGCAGUGAUGUGUAUAGUUUUGGAGUGUUAGUAAUAGAAGUGAUUAAAGGACGGCACCCGGGCAAUCUAACCUUAUCUUUGUCGUCUCCGGCGAAGAGGGCAGAGGUUGUUCUUGAAGAUGUGUUGGACGAGCGCCUUCAAGCUCCACCCAAACAAACGUUGGACCAACUUGUUCAUAUCUUAAAGCUUGCAGUUGCAUGCUUACAUGAGAACCCGCAAUCUCGGCCAACCAUGAAAGAUGUUUCUCAAAUUUUGUCCACUAUCAUUGCUAAUAACUAA